AUGCAAAAAUGCGCUGCUUCAUGUUCCGUUACCAAUAGUAGUCGAUCACUUUGGUUGAUCACAUUCGGUGCUGGUAGAGAUCCAUAUUCUCAACAAACUCCCUCUCAUUUCAAUUUCACCACCACUUACCGACAGCAAUUCGAAUCCCGUCCCGCGCCAGCACAGUUUGCACUGAUGAAUAAAGUACCAAACUACGACAGUUGGCACGCUAAAGCAGAAGAUUACACACCAGAUGAUACUGACGGAUAUAUGAUGCUGGUCGAUUUGGCUACCUAUGAUGGUAGUGUGAUAUUCAACACUACUGUUCAUGGUCUUUGCAUCGAUUCACAGUAUGAAUUUUCAGCAUACUUCGCAAAUAUUGUGCAGGACAGAUUUAAUGCAUCAAAGCCAAAUAUUAUUCUACGAGCUCGUGCAGCGACACAUGGAAAUGAAAUCAUCAAUCAAUCAUGGACAGAUGACUUGCCUGAACUCCCUAAGCUGACUUGGUCAAAGCAUCAACUUUUGUUUACGGCAUCAACGAGUUCAGUAGUUUUACUGAUGAUUGCGAAAGGCAAUGAUGGUAUAGGGAGAGACUUAGUAAUUGAUGAUAUAGAACUACGUGUGUGCUCAAGUGUUUCAUCAGGAUAUUACCCAUCAGAAACAACCGCCGUUCCUAAGUCAUCUGAGAUAACUUCAUUGGUACCGUCGAGCUGGACAAUAUCACAAUUUGCAUCUACCUCAGUCGAAAAAGGUUCCAAAACUGUAUUCAUCCCGAAGAGAUGCCCUAAUGCAUCAUACAUUGGCAAGCACUGCAAUAUUUCAAAUGAUCUUUGUGAGAUGAUGAAACCAUGUAAAAAUAACACUAAUUGCAAGAAUACUGGCGCGACUGACAAAGGAUAUGUUUGCAUAUGUCCGCCCGGUUCUACUGGGGUUCAUUGCGAAGAGAACCUACGACCCUGUGCGUCGUAUAUUUGUCUGAACAACGGUAAAUGUGACGAAAAAUCAGUACGAUGUCGAUGUCCAAAUGGUUGGGAAGGUGAUCAUUGUGAAUCUAUGAUUAACCAUUGUGAAAUGAACAAAACAACUUGUUCGAAUAAUGGUGUUUGCCGGCCAUUGGUGGGGAACUACACAUGUGAAUGCUUUGGCACUGGUUAUUCUGGUCGUCAUUGUGAAAUAGUAGCAGUGAAAAUUCGCGUCUUCAAAAUUCUCUUCAAAUCAGUUGCUUUUGUUGCGAUUCUUAUCAUUGUAAGCUUCAUCCUGUUUAUCGUAAUAAUGGAUAUAUUGAAGUAUUGUUUUGGGAUUGAUGUCACUCGUGAGGAGUUGGAGCGAUAUCGACGAGAAAAACGAGCACGAAAACGAAGACGCCCUGUGAUUCAACGAUUUGUUUAUGUGGACAAACCACAACAAUCUUCGGAUACAUCAGUCUAA